GCACCACAUGGACCCAGGAAAUUGUUGAUCUGCUUUAUCACAACGGAGAUGCUGAGGCCUGCAAACGAGCCCCCACACCUAUCCGCAGUCCUUUCCUAGAGAUCUGCUCCCCACCACCCAUCCCCUCAGGUCUUGAUCUUCUGAAGACAAUGGAUCCCCCAAGAAUUAUCAAGACACAUCUUCCUUUUCAGUUGGUGCCUCCUGGAUUUUGGGAAAACAAGUGCAAGACUAUCUACGUGGCCCGCAAUGCCAAAGACAACAUGGUGAGCUACUACCACUUUGAUUGUAUGAAUCUGACCCAGCCUGAGCCAGGGCCCUGGGAGGGAUACAUCCACAAGUUCAUGCGGGGAGAGUUGGGAUGGGGCUCCUGGUAUGACCAUGUGAAAGGAUACUGGGUGGAGAGAGAGAAGAGGAAUAUCCUUUACCUCUUCUACGAGGACUUGAAAGAGAAUCCUCGGCGUGAAGUGGAGCGCAUCAUGAGGUACCUGGACUUGUCGGUGUCUGAUGAGGUCAUCAGCCGAAUUGUGGAGCUCACGUCCUUUAAGAACAUGAAGGAGAACCCCAUGGCAAAUUACUCCUGUGUCCCAGCACCUGUUUUUGAUCAGUCCAUCUCUCCCUUCAUGAGAAAAGGUGAGGUGGGUGAUUGGAUGAACCAUUUCACACCCGAGCAGUCAAAGCUGUUUGAUGAAGACUAUGAAAAGCAAAUGAAGGAAGUCAACAUACCAUUCAGGACCCUCAUCUAACGGAUUUGGGCUUUUUACAAUUUUUUUAAUUGAUGCAGCUCUGUGAACCAAAGAUUGAUGAACUAACACUGUGCAGCACUAAGAGAGCAGAAGUACUGUCAAGAAAAUUGACACGAGCUAAAAACCAAAACAAUAAAAUACAUUUGUUUGACUCACUUCUGAAUGCUGGAUGUUAAAAAAUAAUCAGUGCACCUCCUGACGUGUAGAUUAAGAGGAAAACCAUCCUAAUGUGUUUAAAGGAUCAAUAAAAAUGUGCUCCACAAUACAA